CAACGCCUAUGCAAUAUUGUCUUACUCUUAAAGUUAAAAAGUCGAAUAUUUAAAGAUGUUUGUACUUUCACUGCGGAUGCUAUUGAGAUUUUACAAGAUGAUGGUGCAAUACCAUCUGAGAAAAGUAGCAUUGAACCUGAAGCUCAUCUGGAGCAAGGGCUGCUAAAAAGUGCGACGAGACAAUUGGUUUUUCCCGAGUCAUUAGAUAAUGAUGAAGACAUUCGAGCAAAGGAUGCUGCCAAAGCUAAAGGCAAGGGGAAAAUGUCCCAAGAAAGCCAUGUUGAAUAUAUCAAAGACACAAUUGGAAGCUCAUUUGAAGAUAGUCUUUCUUCUGAUGAUGAUAAACCAAUAUCAGAAAUCUUCAGAGGUAAAAAGAAAAUUCGCUCUAUUGUUCUAUCCGAUGAUUCAAGAAAUGAUAGUCUGAAUUGCGUAGUGGAAUCGGCUGAAAGAGGUAACAUUGGAAAAAUCAAAAGAAGAUUUGUUAGCAAAAGAAAAAAAGUCGUGCACUUCGAUCUUUCUGAUGAAGAUUCAGAGGAUGUUGAUACACCUGAGAACUUUGAUGAUGCACAUUUGGAUAUGCCUCUAUCAGAUGAAUUUGUGGCGAGAGCAACCGAUGGAAAAAUUGUCGAAGAUUCUCAUAUGCAGUCAUGUCUACCUUUGGCAGGCACACUAUACCAAGAGAAACAGGACCUUGUGGAAGAAACAUCAAAGAAGACUAAAAUAACCCAAGCUAAGGACAAACAAGUAACUAAGGCAAAGAAGGCGAAGAAAAUGAAGUCUAAUAGCAUAUCUGAUCCAUCCCACCAACUUACUGAAGUGGUUGUCGAGCAUAACAAAGGCAAAAGAGUUCCACAAACACCAACACUCAAGUCAAGGAGUGGCAGAACAAUCAGGCGAAGAAUAUUGGACUAA